AUGCAGCAGCAGGCGGCGUUCGACGGCGGCGGGGGCGUGCGCGUGCGCAAGCCGUACACAAUCACUAAGGCGCGGGAGAAGUGGACCGCGGACGAGCACGCGCGCUUCGUUGAGGCCAUAAGGCUCCACGGCCGCAGCUGGAAGAAGAUCGAGGAGCAUAUCGGCACCAAGACUGCCGUCCAGGUCCGCAGCCAUGCCCAGAAGUUUUUCAACAAAAUCGAGAAGAACAAGGAGCAGGGGGGACGCGCGGCACACGGCGAUGACGUGGCGAUCCCGCCCCCGCGGCCCAAGCGCCGCCCGCAGCGGCCCUACCCGCGGAAAGACCCCGACAGCCUCACCGCCACAGCCACCACCGCGGGCCUGUCCAACGCCAGCCUCGACGCCCCAAGCCUGCCCUCGCCGCCGCCCCAGGCGAACCACCCCGCGGGCGAGGGUGCCAGCGCCGGCGCCGACGCCGACGCGCCGGCGGCGCUGCUGGCGCUCGGCGCGGCGGGCGCGCAGCAACAGCUGGCGCGUGCAAUCGCCGGCGGCCCCGGCCUCGCGGCCGCCGCGGGCGCGGGCGUGGGCGCGCCCGGCCUCGCCUCUGCGGAACUCGACGAGCAGCUCGCCGCCAGCGGCGUGACGGACGCGACCGUCGCGGCUGUCGCCGCGGCCGCGUCCGCGGCUGCCGCGGCCGCCGCGGCGGCCGUUGUGUCUGCGGCGGGGGCCCAGUUCCAGGCGUUCCUGGAGGCCAAUCCCCAGACGGCUUACCACUACUUUGGGGUGCUGCCUGGCGCACUCGGCUUCCCCCCGCCGCCGCCGCCGCCGCAGCAGCAGCAGCAGCAGCAGCAUCACCCAGCCGCCGCCACGGCGCCGUUUGGUGCGCCGGCACAGCCCAGGGGGCCGGUUGAGGCGAUGGAUGAGAGCGAGGAGACCGA